AUGGAAACAGUAGAAAUAGAAAAAACAGAUGAAUGGAAAGAACACGAGUGGAAUAAGUGGAAAUUAGAAUUAGAAGUUAAUUGGACACAGUUUCAUUUAUCAUUAGUAGAAGAAAAAAACGAGUACAUCCAGGAUAUAACAAAGGACUGGAAUGAAUGGAUGCAACACAUGCAACAUAAAUGGACGCAUUAUAUUGAAAAUAUGGAUGAACCGUAUAAAGCUUAUAUUCUAGAAAAAUCAUUAACAUGGAAUAAUGACGAUUGGGACAAUUGGAUUAAUACCGAACUUACAGGAUUCAUUGAUAACGACUGGGAAAAUUGGAUUAAUAAAAUAGAGCCACAGUUUUACAGAUCGAUAGAGAAUACAUGGAUCCAUUGGAUGAGCUACCAAAUCAUGACAUGGCUCAAUAGAGAUUGGAAACAUGACGAAAACAUACACUGGUUAAAGAAGGAACGUAUAGAAUGGAAAAUGCCUUCGCAGGUACAAAAUACAGGAGGGUGGCUUAAAUGGAAAGAAAGAAUGUACAAACAAAGUCUAGAAUGGUUUAAUUGGGUACAGGAUAAAGAGAAAAUAAUUGAAAAUAUUAAGUGUAGCAGUUGGAUACGAUGGAAAAAUGACAAAAAUAAAAUUUUUAAUCAAUGGAAGGAAUCAUUUCUGAAUAAUUUGAUACGUGAACAACAGUGGAAUAGGUGGAAUAAAGAAAGAGAAUAA